UUCUGUUGGCACCCCCGCCUUGGACAUAAUGGCGCCGUCCUGUGGUGUAUUUUUGUGGACAAGGACAAGCUCGACACUACUUGUCAGUGGUGUUUUCAUAAACAUGGCGAGGUUUUUGAGGCCUAAUAUCAGGACUUUUGUCACCUCACAGCUGAGAAUGUCAUCCGACCAGCUGGGUGAGCUGGGUAAAGGUGCCGGGAAAGGUGGUGGUGGUGGAGGCUCUAUCAGAGAGGCAGGUGGAUCCAUGGGGAAGAAGCAGGCUGCAGAGGAGGAGAUGUACUUCAAGCGCAAGGAGAAGGAGCAGCUGGCAGCACUAAAGCAGCACCAUGAGGACGAAAUUGAUCACCACAAAAAGGAGAUUGAACGUCUCCAGCGCGAGAUUGACCGCCACAAGGGAAAGAUCAGAAAGCUGAAGCAUGACGACUGAGUGAAGCCUUUAAAAUAAAACAAGAGUUUUGUUUUUUUUUCUCCUCACUGUCCAAGACUCAUUUAGUAACCACACUAGUUUCUGCGUGCACUGUGUUAUGCCAGUCAUGAAUGUUUGAGUGAUGGUACUUAUGUAAAUUCUUGAAAGGUAUUAAAAUUGAUUAAAAGAAAUGAGUACGGGUUCCAUGGCAUGCUCUCCAAGAACA